AUGAAUCUCUUCAUUUAUGUUCUCCUUUUAUCAAUUUGGACAAAUAGUUGUUUAUAUAGAAACGAAAGCAAUGGAUCUGCUACUGCAGUAGCUACACCAGUUGAAUCCGGGCAGAGAAGAAUCAAAGCAGCACAGCAAUGGCUAAUCAUUUUCAUAACUGUUAUCAUCAUCAUUCUCUUUAUUUUAAGAUGUUAUUGUUUCAUUCACUACAGCUAUGUGGACAUGGAUGCCUCUAAAGCAGCAACGGUCAAGAAAGAAGACAGCACCAAAGCAUCCACAUCAUAUAAAAUAUCAUUCACUGAGUCCAAGUCACCAACUGCUGGUCCAGGCAAUCCAGAAAAACAACCAUUGCUAUCUAGUAUAGAUAAGUCAUCUGGGCCCUCAAGUCCACAAAAAGCCUCUGUACCUUCAAGUACAGGAAAGUUAGUCAGGCCCUCGAGUCAACAAAACCCAUCCAAGCCAUCAGCUCCCAAAAAAGUGUUAGGAUCAAUGCCUCAGGAAAAGUUGCAUAGAACACACAGUCCAAAAAAGGCACAUAGGUGGUCUCAUGCCCAUAAGCUAGUCGAUCAGGUCAGUCCAGCCUAUCCAAAGAAAGCCAUCAAACCAACUUGGCCAUCAAGUCUACAAUGUCCGGUCAAGCCAAUCAAAAUGUCUCCACCUUAUCCAAAGAGUCAAAGUGUUCCUAAGCAAUCAAGUAUAGCAAAACUGACCAAACUCCAGAGAUACCUUAAACUAAAAAGACCAACUAGUGAAGGUAGGGCAGAAAUAUUAUCUAGGCCUCAACCAGUGAAGUUUUGUCAAUGCUACAAGGAAAAAUGCAUUGUUUGCAAUGCUGUUUCUGAGCCAUUAAUCACUCCUUCAGAAGAGAAUAUGAAGUAUGUUCCAGUUCCACUUUCUUCAUGCAAACUGAAGUGCUUUUACAAGUCAUCUCACAAGACAGAGCCCAAAGACAAUGCACUGUAUGGCAACAUGAAUGAUAGCCAUUUGUCAACAUAUAGCAGUGAUAGUGAGAGUGACAGGGAGAUGAUUAUUAUGCGCAAUAUAAAAUGCAAGGAAGCCACCUAUAAAACCUCCCAAAAUUAUUGA